GCGUGCGCACUGCACGCUUCCCGCCUCCAACAAGAUGGCGGAGGCCCUGUAGCGGGUGGGCGGAGUGUGGCUGCCGGAAACCCGGCUGCUGCCUUGGGGGAGCUUCGGGCGAAGGCCCGGGAGCAGCGGACCGAGGCUGGCGCGAUGCUGUUCCCGGGAAGCGCAGUCGGCUACCGCUGAGGAAGGUGGAGCGAGGAGUUGCCUUUCCAGCGCCCCCUAUGUACGCCUCCUCGCGCUCGGGGCCGGUCGCCGCUUUGCCCGCCUCGGCACCACCCGUGACUCUCGGGGCCCCGAGCUCCGGCGGCGGCCGGGACCGAGUCCCGCGGGAGGGGAGGCGCCCGGGCGGCGCCCGUGCUUGCGGCCGCGGAGCGAGCGUCUGGCAGGAAGUACUUAAACAGCUACAGGGAAGUAUUGAAGAUGAAACUAUGACUUCUUCUGGACAGAUUGACUUACUAGAGCGUCUUAAAGAAUUUAACUUAGAUAGCAGUUUCCCUGGAGUGAAACUACGCUCAAAAAUGUCCCUCCGCUCCUAUGGAAGUCGGGAAGGAUCAAUAUCAAGCCGCUCAGGAGAGUGCAGUCCUGUUCCCAUGGGGUCGUUUCCAAGAAGAGCAUUUGUAAAUGGAAGCAGAGAAAGUACUGGCUAUUUGGAAGAGCUUGAAAAAGAAAGAUCAUUACUCCUUGCUGAUCUUGACAAAGAAGAAAAGGAAAAGGACUGGUAUUAUGCUCAACUUCAGAAUCUCACAAAAAGAAUAGAUAGCCUGCCUUUAACUGAGAACUUUUCCUUACAAACAGAUAUGACAAGAAGGCAACUGGAAUAUGAAGCAAGGCAAAUCAGGGCUGCAAUGGAGGAGCAGCUGGGCACCUGCCAGGACAUGGAGAAGCGAGCACAGAGAAGAAUAGCCAGAAUUCAGCAGAUAGAAAAGGACAUACUUCGUGUACGACAGCUUUUACAGUCCCAAGCAGCUGAAGCAGAGAGGUCAUCCCAGAGCAAGCAUGAAGCUGCCUCCCAUGAAGCUGAACGGCAGCAUGAAGGUCAAGGAGUGGCAGAAAGCAGCAUGGCGACUUCUGGUAGUGGCCAGAGUUCAGCUACACGAGUGGAUCAUGAAACAGCCAGUGUUUUGAGUUCUAGCAGCACACACUCUGCUCCUCGAAGGCUGACAAGUCAUCUGGGGACCAAGGUGGAAAUGGUGUAUUCAUUGUUGUCAAUGCUUGGUACUCAUGAUAAGGACGAUAUGUCACGAACUUUGCUAGCUAUGUCUAGCUCCCAAGACAGCUGUAUAUCCAUGCGACAGUCUGGAUGUCUUCCUCUCCUCAUCCAGCUUUUACAUGGCAAUGACAAAGACUCUGUAUUGUUGGGAAAUUCCCGGGGCAGUAAAGAGGCUCGGGCCAGGGCCAGUGCAGCCCUCCACAACAUCAUUCACUCACAGCCUGAUGACAAGAGAGGCAGGCGUGAAAUCCGAGUCCUUCAUCUUUUGGAACAGAUACGAGCUUACUGUGAAACCUGUUGGGAGUGGCAGGAAGCCCAUGAACAAGGCAUGGACCAGGACAAAAAUCCAAUGCCAGCUCCUGUUGAACAUCAGAUCUGUCCUGCUGUGUGUGUUCUAAUGAAACUUUCAUUUGAUGAAGAGCAUAGACAUGCUAUGAAUGAACUUGGUAGGAAGGCUACCCGGGGCAUUUCAUCACAGGAGCUAGGUCAGGGGCUUUCAGGGGGACUGCAGGCCAUUGCAGAAUUGUUACAGGUGGACUGUGAGAUGUAUGGGCUUACUAAUGACCACUACAGUAUUACUUUAAGACGGUAUGCUGGAAUGGCUUUGACGAACUUGACCUUUGGAGAUGUUGCCAACAAGGCUACACUAUGUUCUAUGAAAGGCUGCAUGAGAGCACUUGUGGCCCAGUUAAAAUCUGAAAGUGAAGACUUACAGCAGGUUAUUGCAAGUGUUUUGAGGAAUUUGUCUUGGCGAGCAGAUGUAAAUAGCAAAAAGACAUUGCGAGAAGUUGGAAGUGUGAAAGCAUUGAUGGAAUGUGCUUUGGAAGUUAAAAAGGAAUCAACCCUCAAGAGUGUCUUAAGUGCCUUAUGGAAUCUGUCUGCACAUUGCACUGAGAAUAAAGCUGACAUAUGUGCUGUGGAUGGAGCACUGGCAUUUUUAGUUGGCACUCUCACUUACCGAAGCCAGACAAACACUUUAGCCAUCAUUGAAAGUGGAGGUGGGAUAUUACGAAAUGUGUCCAGCUUGAUAGCUACAAAUGAAGACCACAGGCAAAUCCUAAGAGAGAACAAUUGCCUACAGACUUUAUUACAGCACUUGAAAUCUCACAGCUUGACAAUAGUCAGCAAUGCAUGUGGAACUCUGUGGAAUCUCUCAGCAAGAAAUCCUAAAGACCAGGAAGCUUUAUGGGACAUGGGGGCUGUGAGCAUGCUCAAGAACCUCAUUCACUCAAAGCACAAAAUGAUCGCUAUGGGAAGUGCUGCUGCUUUAAGGAAUCUCAUGGCAAACCGACCUGCAAAGUAUAAGGAUGCAAAUAUUAUGUCUCCAGGUUCAAGUCUGCCAUCUCUUCAUGUUAGGAAACAAAAAGCCCUAGAAGCGGAAUUAGAUGCUCAGCAUUUAUCAGAAACCUUUGACAAUAUUGACAAUUUAAGUCCCAAGGCAUCUCAUCGUAGUAAGCAGAGACACAAGCCAAAUCUUUAUGGUGACUAUGUUUUUGACACCAAUCGACAUGAUGAUAAUAGGUCAGAUAAUUUUAAUACUGGAAACUUGACUGUUCUCUCACCAUAUUUAAAUACUACAGUAUUGCCCAGCUCUUCUUCAUCAAGGGGAAGUUUAGACAGUUCUCGUUCUGAAAAAGACAGAAGUUUAGAGAGAGAGCGAGGUAUUGGUCUCAGCACUUACCAUUCAGCAACAGAAAAUCCAGGAUCCUCUUCAAAACGAGGUUUGCAGAUCUCUAGUACUGCAGCCCAGAUUGCCAAAGUUAUGGAAGAAGUGUCAGCCAUUCAUACCUCCCAGGAAGACAGAAAUCCUGGGGCUACCACUGAAUUCCAUUGUGUGACGGAUGAGAGGAAUGCAGCACGAAGAAGCUCUGCUUCCCAUACACAUGCCAACACUUACAACUUCACUAAGUCAGAAAAUUCAAAUAGGACAUGUUCUAUGCCUUAUGCCAAAGUGGAAUAUAAGAGAUCUUCAAAUGACAGUUUAAAUAGUGUCAAUAGUAGUGAUGGUUAUGGUAGAAGAGGUCAAAUGAAACCCUCAAUCGAAUCCUAUUCUGAAGAUGAUGAAAGUAAGUUUUGCAGUUAUGGUCAGUAUCCAGCUGACUUAGCCCAUAAGAUACAUAGUGCAAAUCAUAUGGAUGAUAAUGAUGGAGAACUGGAUACACCAAUAAAUUACAGUCUUAAAUACUCAGAUGAGCAGUUGAACUCUGGAAGGCAGAGUCCCUCACAGAAUGAAAGAUGGGCAAGACCGAAGCAUGUAAUAGAAGAUGAAAUAAAGCAGAAUGAGCAAAGACAAUCAAGAAGCCAAAACACCAAUUAUCCUGUCUAUUCUGAGAACACUGAUGACAAACACCUCAAAUUCCAAACACCACAUUUUCCACAACAGGAAUGUGUUUCCCCAUAUAGGUCUAGAGGAACCAGCGGCUCAGAAACAAAUCGAAUGGGUUCUAGUCAUGCAAUUAAUCAAAAUGUAAACCAGUCUUUGUGUCAGGAAGAUGACUAUGAAGAUGAUAAGCCUACCAACUACAGUGAACGUUAUUCUGAGGAAGAACAACAUGAAGAAGAAGAGAGACCAACAAACUACAGUAUAAAGUAUAAUGAAGAAAAACAUCAUGUGGACCAGCCUAUUGAUUAUAGUUUAAAAUAUGCCACUGACAUUUCUUCCUCACAGAAACCAUCGUUUUCAUUCUCAAAGAAUUCAGCAGCCCAGAGCACUAAAACUGAACAUCUCUCUCCAAACAAUGAGACUACAUCCACAGCUUCAUCUAAUGCCAAAAGGCAGAACCAGCUGCAUCCAGGAUCAGCACAAAGAAAUGGUCAGACGCAAAAAGGGACCACGUGCAAAGUCCCCUCCAUCAACCAAGAAACAAUACAGACUUACUGUGUAGAAGACACCCCCAUAUGUUUCUCAAGGUGUAGUUCAUUAUCUUCUUUGUCAUCAGCUGAAGAUGAAAUAGGAUGUGAUCAGACAACACAGGAAGCAGAUUCUGCUAGUACUCUGCAGAUAGCAGAAAUAAAAGAGAAUGAUGUUAUUCGGUCAACUGAAGAUCCUGCAAGCGAAGUUCCAGCAGUGUCCCAGAGUGCUAGAACCAAACCCAGCAGACUCCAGGCUUCUGCCUUAUCUUCGGAAUCAACCAGGCAUAAGGCUGUUGAGUUUUCUUCAGGGGCCAAGUCUCCCUCCAAAAGUGGUGCUCAGACGCCCAAAAGUCCCCCAGAGCACUAUGUCCAGGAAACUCCACUCGUGUUCAGCAGAUGUACUUCUGUCAGCUCACUUGACAGCUUUGAGAGUCGUUCCAUUGCCAGCUCUGUUCAGAGUGAGCCGUGCAGUGGAAUGGUGAGUGGUAUUAUAAGCCCCAGUGACCUUCCAGAUAGCCCUGGACAGACCAUGCCACCAAGCAGAAGCAAAACCCCUCCACCUCCUCCACAGACAGUCCAGACCAAGAGAGAGGUGCCAAAAAAUAAAGUCCCUGCUGCUGAGAAGAGAGAAAGUGGACCUAAGCAGACAGCUGUAAAUGCUGCCGUCCAGAGGGUCCAGGUCCUUCCGGAUGCUGACACUCUAUUGCACUUUGCCACAGAAAGUACUCCAGAUGGGUUUUCUUGUUCAUCUAGCCUGAGUGCACUGAGCCUCGACGAGCCAUUUAUACAGAAAGAUGUGGAAUUAAGAAUAAUGCCUCCAGUUCAGGAAAAUGACAAUGGGAAUGAGACUGAACCAGAGCAACCUGAAGAAUCAAAUGAAAACCAGGAGAAAGAGGUAGAAAAACCUGACUCUGAAAAAGACUUAUUAGAUGAUUCAGAUGAUGAUGAUAUUGAAAUAUUAGAAGAAUGUAUUAUUUCAGCCAUGCCAACAAAGUCAUCACGCAAAGCCAAAAAGCUAGCCCAAACUGCUUCAAAAUUACCUCCACCUGUGGCAAGGAAACCAAGUCAACUGCCUGUGUACAAACUUCUGCCAUCACAAAACCGGCUGCAGGCACAAAAGCAUGUUAGCUUUACACCAGGAGAUGACAUGCCCCGUGUGUACUGUGUAGAAGGGACACCUAUAAACUUUUCUACCGCAACAUCUUUAAGUGAUCUGACAAUAGAAUCCCCUCCAAAUGAGUUGGCUGCUGGAGAUGGGGUUAGAGCAGGUACACAGCCAAGCGAAUUUGAAAAACGAGAUACCAUUCCUACAGAGGGCAGAAGUACAGAUGAAGCUCAGAGGGGGAAAAUGUCAUCCAUGGCUAUGCCAGACCUGGAUGACAGUAAAGCAGAGGAAGGAGAUAUUCUUGCAGAAUGUAUCAAUUCUGCGAUGCCCAAAGGAAAAAGCCACAAGCCUUUCCGAGUGAAAAAGAUAAUGGACCAGGUCCAACAAGCUUCAGUGACUUCAUCUGUAACUAACAAAAAUCAAACAGACACCAAGAAAAAGAAGCCUACUUCCCCAGUAAAGCCCAUGCCACAAAACACUGAGUACAGAACACGUGUGAGGAAGAACACAGACUCAAAGGUUAACGUAAAUGCUGAAGAAACUUUCUCAGACAACAAAGACUCAAAGAAACAGAGCCUGAAAAACAAUCCCAAGGAUUUCAGUGAUAAGCUGCCCAACAAUGAAGACAGAGUCCGAGGAAGCUUCGCCUUCGAUUCACCGCAUCAUUACACCCCCAUUGAAGGAACUCCUUACUGUUUUUCACGAAAUGACUCUUUGAGUUCUCUAGAUUUUGAUGAUGACGAUGUUGACCUUUCCAGGGAAAAGGCCGAGUUAAGAAAGGGGAAAGAAAGUAAGGAUUCAGAAGCCAAAGUUAUCUGCCACACAGAGCCACCCUCAAGCCAACAGCCAGCUAGUAAGUCACAAGCUAGUACAAAACAUCCAGUAAACAGGGGCCAAUCUAAACCAGUGCUUCCGAAACAACCCACUUUCCCUCAACCCUCCAAAGACUUGCCAGAUAGAGGGGCAGCAACGGAUGAAAAAUUACAGAAUUUUGCUAUUGAAAACACUCCAGUUUGCUUUUCUCGAAAUUCCUCUCUGAGUUCUCUUAGUGACAUCGACCAAGAAAACAAUAAUAACAAAGAAAAUGAACCAGUCAAAGAAGCUGAACCUACUAACUCACAAGGAGAAGCAAGUAAGCCUCAGGCAUCUGGGUAUGCGCCCAAGUCAUUUCACGUUGAAGACACGCCUGUCUGUUUCUCGAGAAACAGCUCUCUCAGUUCUCUUAGCAUUGAUUCUGAAGAUGACCUGUUGCAGGAGUGUAUAAGUUCUGCAAUGCCAAAAAAGAAAAGGCCUUCAAGACUGAAGGGUGAGAGUGAAAAGCAGAGUCCCAGAAAUCUGGGUGGCAUUUUAGCGGAAGACCUGACACUUGACUUGAAAGAUAUACAGAGGCCAGAUUCAGAACAUGGUUUAUCUCCUGAUUCAGAGAAUUUUGAUUGGAAAGCUAUUCAGGAAGGUGCAAACUCCAUAGUAAGUAGUUUGCAUCAAGCUGCCGCUGCUGCCGCGUGUUUAUCUAGACAGGCUUCAUCUGAUUCUGAUUCCAUUCUGUCACUGAAAUCAGGCAUUUCCCUGGGAUCACCUUUUCAUCUUACACCUGAUCAAGAGGAAAAACCCUUCACAGGUAAUAAAGGCCCACGAAUUCUCAAACCUGGGGAGAAAAGCACAUUAGAAGCAAAAAAGAUAGAAUCUGAAAAUAAAGGAAUCAAAGGUGGGAAAAAGGUUUAUAAAAGCUUGAUUACUGGAAAGAUUCGAUCUAACUCAGAAAUUUCCAGCCAAAUGAAACAGCCCCUCCAAACAAACAUGCCUUCAAUCUCAAGAGGCAGGACCAUGAUUCAUAUCCCAGGGGUUCGGAAUAGCUCCUCAAGUACAAGCCCUGUUUCUAAAAAAGGCCCACCCCUCAAGACUCCAGCCUCCAAAAGCCCUGGUGAGAGUCCAGCAGCCACAACUUCUCCUAGAGGAACCAAGCCAUCAGUGAAAUCAGAGCUGAGUCCUCUUACGAGGCAAACUUCCCAAAUCAGUGGAUCUAACAAGGGGCCUUCUAGAUCCGGCUCUAGAGACUCGACUCCCUCAAGACCUACACAGCAACCAUUAAGUAGGCCAAUGCAGUCUCCAGGACGAAACUCUAUCUCCCCUGGUAGAAAUGGAAUAAGCCCUCCUAACAAACUAUCUCAGCUACCCAGGACAUCAUCUCCCAGUACUGCUUCAACCAAGUCUUCAGGCUCUGGGAAAAUGUCCUAUACAUCCCCCGGCAGACAGAUGAGCCAACAAAACCUUACCAAACAAGCAGGCUUAUCCAAGAAUGCUAGUAGUAUCCCAAGAAGUGAGUCUGCAUCGAAAGGACUGAAUCAGAUGAAUAAUGGCAAUGGGUCUAAUAAAAAGGUAGAACUUUCUAGGAUGUCUUCAACUAAGUCAAGUGGAAGUGAAUCGGAUAGAUCAGAAAGACCUACAUUAGUACGCCAAUCUACUUUCAUCAAAGAAGCGCCAAGCCCGACCCUAAGGAGGAAACUGGAGGAAUCCGCCUCAUUUGAAUCCCUUUCUCCAUCUUCUAGACCAGAUUCUCCCACCAGAUCCCAGGCACAAACCCCAGUUUUAAGUCCUUCCCUUCCUGAUAUGUCUCUGUCGACACAUCCAUCUGUUCAGCCUGGUGGAUGGCGAAAGCUCCCACCUAAUAAUCUUAGCCCCACUAUUGAGUACAAUGAUGGAAGACCAGGAAAGCGCCAUGAUAUCUCUCGCUCCCAUUCUGAAAGUCCUUCCAGACUGCCAAUCAACCGGGCAGGAACCUGGAAGCGUGAGCACAGUAAACACUCCUCAUCCCUUCCUCGGGUGAGCACUUGGAGAAGAACUGGAAGCUCAUCUUCUAUUCUUUCCGCUUCAUCAGAGUCCAGUGAAAAAGCCAGAAGUGAGGAUGAAAAGCAUGUAAGCUCCAUGCCAGGACCCAGACCAAUGAAAGAAAACCAAGUACCCACAAAAGGCACAUGGAGGAAAAUAAAAGAAAGUGAAAUUUCUCCCACAAACAUGCUUUCUCAGACCAUUUCCUCCGGUGCUGCCAAUGGUGCUGAGUCAAAGACUCUGAUUUAUCAGAUGGCACCUGCUGUUUCUAAAACAGAGGACGUUUGGGUGAGAAUUGAGGACUGCCCCAUUAACAACCCUAGAUCUGGAAGAUCUCCCACAGGUAACACCCCCCCAGUGAUUGACAGUGUUUCAGAAAAGGGAAAUCCAAGCACUAAAGAUUCAAAGGAUACCCAGGGAAAACAAAGUGUGGGCAAUGGCAGUCCUGUGCACACCGUGGGUCUGGAAAACCGCCUGAACUCCUUUAUUCAGGUAGAUGCCCCAGAACAGAAAGGAACUGAGACAAAACCGGGACAGGGUAACCCUGUCCCUGCGGCAGAGACUAGUGAGACUUCUGUAGUCGAGCGCACCCCUUUCAGUUCAAGUGGCCCCAGCAAACACAGUUCGCCUAGUGGGACAGUUGCUGCCAGGGUGACGCCUUUCAAUUACAACCCCAGCCCAAGGAAAAGCAGUGCAGACAGCACUUCAGCCCGGCCCUCUCAGAUCCCCACACCAGUGAGCAGCAACACAAAGAAGCGAGACUCAAAGACGGACAGCACAGAGUCCAGUGGAGCCCAAAGUCCUAAGCGCCACUCCGGGUCUUACCUCGUGACGUCUGUUUAAAAGAGCUGGAAGGACAAACGCAGGAAAAGUUGGUGUUCCUCACAACUGCUGUAUAGAGGCUUUAUUUCAAAGAAAACUUCAAAGGUUGGAACUUUCUGUAAAUAGGUUUGAUUGUUGUUAGAGGUUUUGUUCUGGAAACCAUGUUUGAUAGUCCACUUGGCCCUCACUGGUCAUUUUGGGAGGCACUCUUGUUAGGUCGGGGGAAAAAGGUAAAGCCAAGUAUAUUUGUACAGAAUGUUUUACAUGUAUUUAAGUAGCAUCCAUCCCAUUGUCCUUUAAUUAUCGCUUGUCUUAAAACAACACUACAGAUAGAAACUAUAUGAUAUAUUGCUGUUAUCAAUCAUUUCUAGAUUAUAAAAUAAACUUACAUCAGGGAGAAAUUGGUAUUUAUGCAAAAAUAGUCCUUGUGAAUCCAUCUAAUGUCAUAAUUAAUCAUGUGGCUGUGAAAUUCACAGUAAUAUGGUUCCCAAUGAAUAUGUUUACCCAGCCUGCUUUGCUUUACUGCAUGAAUGAAACUGAUGGUUCAAUUUCAGAAGUAAUGAUUAAUGAUUCUGUGGUCACAUGGUGUGCAUAGGAUAGCUAUGGUGUAACAAUUCACACUAUUUUGUGCUCAGAUCUGUGUAACUGUAAAACAUUGAAUGAAACUAUUUUAACUGAACUAGAUUUUAUCAAAAGUAGGUAGAAUUUUUGCUAUGCUGUAACUGUUGUAUAUUCUGGUAUUUGAGGUGAAAUGGCUGCUCUUUUAUUAAUGAGACAUGAAUUGUGUCUCAAACUAAAUGAACAUUUCAGAAUAAAUUAUUGCUGUAUGUAAACUAUUACUGAAAUUGGUAUUUGUUUGAAGGUUCUUAUUUCACAUUUGUAUUAAUAAUUGUCAAAAGGGCCUCUUUUAAAAGCUAAAUGUAAAUGUUUUUCUUCAGAUUCUAUGCAUUAAGAGUAAAAUUUCCUCUUACUGUAAUAAAGACAAUUGAAGAAGAUUGUUGACACUUAA